AUUGAUUGAGCGCUAUCGCCGCUCCGAACUAUUGCGGUUCGUACGAUGUCGAACAUUAUCACUAAAUAGCGCUGUGUCAUUUUGUUUUCGUUUCAACCCUCAUCCCCCGCAUCGUUGGAUUGGACGACCGCAUAUCUGCACGAACUACUAAUUGAAUCUACAUCGGCGACAUUCACACGUGGCUUGCUCGCUGCUGUUAUAUCGAUCAUCCUACCCGUCAUCGUUAACAUUGUCGUCAUCAUCGACACGCUGUGUCCCCGUCGUUACGUGUGGAUUUCUUCUCGUCGGCGGAUUCGCUACGCUAUUUUAUUGUAACUUGUCUAUCCUUCGCGCUACCCGUGCCUUUUCUUACUUUCCCGUCCUACGUUUCUACCCCUCCACCUGUCUGCUGCGGCGCUGCACACCCUCUCUCCCGCCACCAACCCCUCAUCGCGCAUACUGUACGAUUUUCCCUCUAUCCCCACCCGCUUCCUUUUGCUCCUUCGCUAUCUUCUACACGCGCUUUCUUUAUUUACACCGUGAAUCCACGGACCAACACGAUCGGCAUAUUUAUACGCAUUCAUCGUGUUUUCUGCUGCUGGACCUUCCCAUGAUCAACGUUACGAACGUGUCGUUCGAUUGAUAUAUCUUGUGAAUAUACUGAUAUAAAUAAUCUAUGUACGCGCACCAUUUAUCCGUACAUUGUAUCACAAUGACCACGGGACAAUUUUCAUAUUUCGAGUGAAAUUUUGAUCGAUUUGCGCAUCGUGUGGAUUCGUGAUUGUCACUAAACUCUUACGACGGUCACGGGACCGUUAUCUACGCCGAUCGACGCCGACAUCGGCAUAAAUAUUGUUAUAACACCGGUAAUAAACCGCCAUCAUCUGCACCAUCGCCGAUCACGUGGCUUGUUCGACGGCGACGCUGUACGAUAAUGUUCACGCCGCGCCAUUAUGUGGCUCCGGCGUGGGCCAUCCUGGCUCCGUCACGCCGAUGGGAACAGCAACCGGAGCGGGGAAUUCCACCGGGGUGACUACCUGGUGGGCCAUGAUGAAUGGUUCCCUCUACGAGGACAGCCCGCCGCCAGUUCCACCGACAGCCUCGACUCUCGUAUCGAUUCAACAAACAACCUCAACACCAGGUUCUCAUCAACAAGCAACAACACCAACUUCACCUGGUGCACCAGCGUCAUCGGCAACGGCAGCGCCACCGGCUCCUACAGCGAGCGCCAGUUCAACUUCACCAAGCGCUUCUUCGGUAGCGAGCAACAGCGCAGCUGGACCGCUCCAUAUACCCGCCAAAAGAUUAACAGCGACUCCAGGAGGCAGUGGCACCACUUACGGAGAAGUUGCCUGCGUGGAAUCAUCAGGAGCACCAGGUGCAAGUGCAGCGGGCGUGAUACGGCACUCUCAUUCGGCAGGAUCCCAAGGCGGCUGGAGUUACAGUCCGCAUCAUCCCCAGGAUUCCCACUACUCGUCCACGGCGGGCGAAUCAUUAAAUCAUCAUCAAACUUACGGGGGUAAUAAUCCCCCGACUUAUUACAAUCUGGCGGCCGACCCUACUUCUACCUCCGGUUCCUCCAGGGACAACCGGAAGACCGGACUUUUUUGGUCGCCCGCGGCUGCUACCGCUGGAUCGGCCAGUACCGCCGGUUCUACCUCGGAUUACAAGUCCUAUAACUCUGCCGGCGCGGCAACUACAACGUCGACCACCGGUGGAUCCACUACCGGUGCUACCGGUGCAGCUGAUCCGGCCGUGUCGUCUUGUCAUCAAAGCUUCUCCCAGAGCUGGUGCAAUUACGCGCCGUAUACGACGGCGAGGCAUCAUCAUCCGGUCGACACGGCUGGACAUCAUCAUCCUCACUCGCAAGCGGGGGUACCGUAUCUGGCGCCAUCCGCAGCGGAUGAUCGCGGUAGGGUCGCUGCUGCCAUGGUCGCUGCGGAAGGUGCCUUUCCUCACGAUGGAUACGGCGGCUUGAGAAAUUAUGGAGCGCCCGAACCCGUUACUUCGAGUCCCUACCCACCUCCAGUGAUGUGGGGUUCCUCCCCAUCUUCCUUGUUUCCCGCAGGUUCGCUUGCGGGUGUGGGCGUCGGAGUUGGCGUAGCUGGCAUGGGCGUCGGGUGCGGAAGCUCUAACCCUUUGGAAUGGACGGGCCAGGUGACGGUGCGGAAGAAACGCAAACCUUACUCCAAAUUCCAAACUCUUGAGCUGGAAAAGGAAUUCCUCUUCAAUGCUUACGUGUCGAAACAGAAGCGAUGGGAGCUCGCGCGCAAUCUAAAUCUAACCGAACGCCAAGUUAAAAUCUGGUUUCAAAACCGUCGGAUGAAGAAAAAAAACAGUCAGCGGCAAUCUCAGCAGCAAAAUAACAAUAAUAACAACAGCAGCAGCGCCAACAACGCGAAUCACCAUGCGACGACCGGUAGUCAUCAUCAUCCGAGCACCGCGCACGCACCACCUUCGAGUCACCACGUGGUCGCGCAGGCGCAUCACGCGAACGGCUCCACGAAGCAUCAUCAGUGA